AUGGAAGCAGUAGCAAAUUCGGCCGGCGACGGAGAUCCUGCCGGCAGUGAUCCGGCCGAUGAGCAGGGUAGAAGAAAUGUUAGGACUGUUGGUAGUCCUAAGGACAUAUGGCACAUACCUGCUGGAGAAAAGGUGGUGAUCGAGUUCAACACGUUGUGCCAACCAACCGGCCCGGGGGUCGAGAAAUUUAGAAGGAUUUGUGGGAAGAUCAUCAGAAAUGGUCGAUUUGUAAAGUUGCAUGGUAACUGGAGGAAAGUACCAUUGCAAGAGAAGGAAGAUAUGUGGAACACCCUAACGAAAAAAUUUCAUUUUGAGCCUGUCCACCUAGUUGAUCAAAUUAAGAAAUUAACAAUGAAGGACCUAGCAACGAAAAGAAGGCAAUACAGAUACGAGAUCAAGAGCGGUCUAAAUUUGAAACAGAGUGAUACCUUAGAGUCUGUGAUCACUAGGGCUUCGGCAGUGGCAGUCUUCGAUUCUGAAGACUUUGAAAUGCUUGAUACGUGGUUGUCUUCGGCUGACAUGGAGAGAGUGUUGAAGGCCAAGACAAGCCGUGCCCAAAAUGUAUUUCUUCACACUCUAGGAUCGAAGAGUAUCGCACAAGUUGCACGAGAAAUGGAGGAAGACAUGGGAGAAACACCGAACCGAGAUGAUAUGUUCAUUGUCUCGCAUACCAAGAAAGAUGGAAACCCUGUGAAUGAAGCGGCUGGGGAAGCUAUCGCGAAGAUGAGAGAGAUUAUCGAGAAUCAGUCGCCUACAGAACGAGUGUGUUCACAGGGGUCAGUCCGUUGGUCGCAGAAUGAUGCAUGUGCACAAGUGCUAGGACGAGAACAUUCCGGUCGUGUGCGUGGCUUGGGGCUAGGGCCAACUCCCAGGAAAUCAAGCUCUUACAGUACCUCCGGACAAGGAUCGAUCUCUAGUGCGCCUACUCCCAAAGAACUAGAGAUGGCUGCUGAGAUGGAACGUUUGAAGAAUUUGUACGAAACAACAAACAUCAAACUGCAAGAGCAAAACAACAAGUAUGAAGCGCAACAAGAAGAGCUGGCAGCCGUCAAACGUAUGGUCGCAAUGAUUAUGGAAGAGAAACAAUCAUCAAUGGGAAACAACCAAAAAGCCACCAUGGAAGCGGCGUCAGAUACCAUCGACGACAUUGAACCUGACAACAACCGGUCUGGUCUAAACACCGGUAUCCAGUCGCCAAAACUGGGGAUUGGAGACGGGAAGGACUGCCCAUAA